AAAUUAAUGUUCCUCUCCAUCUCUGGAUUCUCCCCGCAACCUCUCGCCAUCACUCGUCCCCAUUUGUUCGUGCGUCCAAGUAAGUCCUCAUCUCUAUCGUUCUUCAAAUCUAUCUUCUCCGGCUCCUCUUCCGAUCCAGUUCAAGAUCCUCUUAUCAACAUUGAAUCUUGAUCUAUAUUCUCGAUUAUCUGUUUUCUUGUUUGUCUAUUUGUCUGUGUGGACUAGUGAAUUGAAAGUAUUUGAGCUCGUUCUUCUUUGCGUUCAUGUUUUUCUGUGGAUUAUGGAGUCAGUUACUUAGAUCUUUACUAAUUAAGUGAUCUGGAAUCUGGAAUAAUCUGCUCUUUUUUGUUUUGGUUUAUUUCCAGGACUGUGUAGUGUGUAGAAUUGAAUUGCUAUCUGAGUAUUUGUUCGGUUCGUAUAGUCUUUAGAGGAUCUAGAAUUCUCUAUGGAGAUUCAUACAUGUGGGAAGUAGGAUUUAUGUAGGAAUGGAUUUGCACGGAAAUCCACAUGGUGAGCAUGGAAGGUUUGAACAGAUUGUUUCUCAGUUUCUUUCGAAAAGUUUGCACAUAGUGUUGGAUUCUAGGGUUCCUUCUAUUCGAAACCAUGGGCGGACGGGAGAAGUGAAAAAGAGUGACAAGUGGUUCAAUUUAGUACUGGGAGAUCGUCCUUCAGCUCUCGAAAAUCUGAAUUCUUGGCACAGGAAUUUGACGGAACCUAUGAAUAUUGAUAUUGUUCUUGUUAAAGAUAAGCCUGGUUCUGGUUCUGGUUCUUCAUUAACUGUUAUAGAGAGGUGGAUUGUUCAAUAUGAGUGUAGGAGGACUUCGAUUUCUCAAGGUGUGGAUUCAUCUCACAAGAAAACAUACAAAAAGUUGAUCAUACUUCUGCGGUCCCUUUAUUCAAUGACAAAGCUCCUUCCAGCUUACAAGGCCUUCAAGAAACUGUGUUCUUCCCAACACUGUAAUUUUGACAUUAAUUACAAGGUAUCUUCAUUCAGUGCUCCGUUUUCUAGGACAGAAGAGCAGUUGAUGAGGCAUUAUUCUUUCAUUCCAAUUGAUGUUCAACAUGGCCGUUUUACUUUAUCUGUGGCCUAUCGUGAGAAUCUUCUAUCUGAGUUUAAUCUGGAGACUUCUGCUUGUUUUCCUCCCGAGAUUAUCACAGAUUAUGUUGGUAGUCCUCUUGCUGAUCCUAUGAGAGCAUUUUCUUCCAUGUCAUUAGAUAAGGGCGUCCAACCAACAUCAUAUCCUUUAAGAAGGACACAGUCAUCUACUUCAAGACUGUCUCAGCGACCCCAUAGUUGGUCAAGUGGCAUCCACAAGGGGAUUUCUCUAAUUCAGAAUGAACAGUCUCUUGGAUCUCUAUCUCCACCGUUUUCACCGUCUCUGUCCCCUCCAGCGUACGCCUCCCCACCAUCUCAGCUGUGUUCGGAAACUUCCCCUGUCAAUAUCCCGCGUUCAAUGACUAUCAGAAAUUCCAGAUACACUUCUACAAAUUUUUCUGACCCAAGCAGAAAUUUGCUCCCUCCACAAUCUCCAAGGAGCACAAAGCAUGACUCCUUUUCACAUGAUUACUCUUAUGGAAUUAGGUCAUUGAAGAAACCAGAGGCAGCAAGGGCAGGGGAAACAAAUUUUGGUACUGCAAAUCUGGGCCCAAAGCUGUCAAGAGAUGUCAAAGAUGAUUCAGGACGUUUUUCUUCAAGCGGUUCGCCACGUAUUGGAUUCUCUAGGAGCUCUAGUAGAGUAUCUGUUCAGGGGGAUUUGGAUGACUCUGAUUUUUCUUGCCCAUUUGUAGUUGAUGAUGUUGAUGCUCCAAAUUCCGUAGCCAGUCUAAACCUUGACAAGAAGGCGGAUUCAGAAUCUCCAUCACAGACAUUUUUUGGAAACAGAAAAACACAAGACUCUGAGGUUGGUGUGCUUGUUCAAAUGCUGAGGACUGCCCCCCCUUUGCGUCAAGAUUCUAGCUGUUAUUCCACAUCUUCUGCAAAUCCCAAUCUGGAAGGAGAGGAUUUGACUUCUUCUUUUGACGGUUCUGCCCCUAGGAAGGUUUCAGAUGCACUGGAGGAGCUCAAAGCUUACAAAGAACUGAAGGAUCUUCUUCUUUCCAAGAGUGCAUCAUCAACUCGAUCGGCUCGCCAACCAGAAUCUUAACAUGCUUUAGUUCUCCCACCUUGUUGUACUAUAAACUGGACAUAGCUUAACCAAAUUGUGUACAUAGUUAAAAACGACGGUGUAGUCAUCUCAUUAGUGAACAGUGUCACAACUUGUUGCUGGGUCAUGAGGUCACGGGUUCGAGUUCUCGAAGCAACCUUUUGCAAAAAAAAUGUUACAUAAAGGUUUGCUGACAUUGCACCCUUACGGUGGACCCUCGCCCUUGCUGAUGACUACCGAAUUGGAUGAAUGGUUUCUGCAAUUGUACUAAAAAAAAGUUUCUGAAAUGUGUUGUAUGAAGGCUAGCUGAGUAGCUCUCCAUUUCCACCAAAACAUACAGUCUAGUGCAUUUUCCUUAUUGUUGUCUCUUAGCCUUGUUUGGUUGGGGGAUUCUGAAGGGAAAGAAAAUGGAAAACCACAU